AGUAUUUGAGACGUCACAUCCUGGUAUACAGUAGAGUUAUUUCUACCAUACUUUCCUUCGUUUUUUAAGCAGGUUGGAAAAUAUAGCAGUUGGAACAGUAUGUGUAAUGAAAACGAAUAAAUAUUCGAAACAACCUGGUGUAGUUUUCUGUUGGCUGGAAUAACAAAGACCUACUUUUCAAGUGUAUUCAAGUGUAGCGGACUAAGUUCCUGCGUAGGAAUAAAUUCCUUGCAGCGAAAACGAGGGUUAAAUCGCUUUCGAAGAGAAGGAUAUGUCGGACCGAGAGAGCGGAGAUGACCAGCCACAGGGGCAAAGUAAAUACCAUGGACAGUCGGGUGGAUUGGAGGCUGGUGGCGGCUCGGAUUUCGACUCUGCCUUAGGAAAUGAUUUAACGUCAUCAGGAGGUAUGGCUACGGUUGCUCUACAGGAAGCGGAGGGCACAAAUUCCGAAGUAGAGGGUCUGGAUUCUCCGGCAGGGCAACAGCAGCAGGGCGAGCAGGAACUGGCCACAAAGAUGUUACAGAUACAGUCAAAGAGGUUUUACUUAGACGUUAAACAAAAUAGAAGAGGGCGCUUUAUUAAAGUAGCAGAAAUUGGCGCAGAUGGUAGGCGAAGUCAGAUCUUCCUGGCGCUAUCGACAGCGGCAGAAUUCAGAGACCACCUGUCCACGUUUAGUGACUUUUACGCUUCGCUCGGGCCCCCGAACCCAGAGAAUGUGCCUGAAGACGGCAAACUCAAGUCGGAGAUGAUGAUCAAAGACAACCGGCGCUACUACCUGGACCUGAAGGAGAAUUCCCGUGGGCGAUUCCUAAGGGUGAGUGUGUCCCAGACCAUCACGCGUGGCGGUCCCCGGUCGCAGAUCGCCAUCCCUGCCCAGGGCAUGAUAGAGUUCCGCGACGCACUCACCGACCUGCUGGAAGAGUUUGGCACCGACGACGGUGGCUUCAAGGGCGAGCUCCCGGAAGGAAGGCAUAUGCGAGUGGAAAACAAGAACUUCUACUUCGAUAUAGGACAAAAUAAUCGAGGAAUUUACAUGCGUAUCUCGGAGGUGAAAACCAACUUCCGAACAGCCAUCACGGUGCCAGAGAAGUCGUGGGCCCGGUUUCGCGACAUCUUCGCCGACUACUGCGAGAAAAUGAAGGAGGGUGGAGAGAAGGUGACGGGCGGCGGGCCGGACAGCGGUCCCAGCACCAAGUGAGGCCCGAGUUGUUAGAUCCAUCGCAUUGACACAAACACUUUCCAUCCAGCGACAGUGAGCUUUGCCUCGACUGGACCCGAGUUUUAGAACAUGUAAGCGAGAGGGACAGAGACUACAUAUUGACGACGAUUCUUCAGAUUUCAAGUUAGGAAACAAGAAAACAUGGUUACUAAACUGUGAGGGUGUGUUUGUGUGUUUGUUUGUGUGAAAGAGUUUGGAAAUAAAAUAACUGCUGCUGUAAAGUUUAGGUACAAAAAUAGAACAAUAAAAAAAUUGCUGGCCAAAGAGUGAGAAGAGCCCUUGCCAGAAGAUGCGAAGAUUGCGGGGAAUGUGAUGCCGAUGGGCGUAGAGUGCAAAAAAUUCUUAAAAGAGUGAUAUAUGUAUAUUUUAUUUAGUUGAAGCUGCAGACUAUAACAAACAGUUGUCGCAAGUUCCAAUUUCCAAUGCUGAAUUGUUGCAUUUUCAAUUAUGGCUGUAAUUUUUCGUAUGUUUAAGUUUUCAAAGCAAAUUGUUAUAUAUAAUAUGUAUAUAUAUACAUAAAAGAAGACCUGCCUAUAUUGUGUGUUAAAAUCUACAAUAUCUUUUUUAGUAACGGUAAUAAAUUUUGUGUAAUAAUUUCUUGUAAAUGAAAAACGCUUAAAUAUUUUUCUUUUUUUCUUUUGCUGCUGUCAUGUUAGUGAUGAUUGACAAAAAAUAUGUGCAUGAAAGAAACACAUGUUACUUGAAUUGUUGAUGCUGUUAUAAUGCAGCCUUCGAGGCUAAUCGGGUUGGACAGUCCUGGGUAGACAAAGAUGUUAUUAUUUUCUAUGACAAUAGAUAAUAUAUGUUAACUAAAAAUUUUAGUUUUUAAGACAAAAAAUUUUUGUUGAUAAGCUGGACUGUAUAUGAAUAUUAAAAUUCUGGACCAAUGUUCCGAGUAGUGAAAGCUACAGUCGACCCCACGCUAGCCAAUGGAGUUGGGAUAUGCCACGCGAUUGUGUCAGAGGACGAAUCAACACCAUUAUUGUGACCCUGGUUAUCAAAAUAGCAGUUAUAAGUACUAGUAAUAUUUGUCUGCUAUUUUUUUCUUCUUUUUUUUAUAAUUUCGUAGAGCUGAGCCCACAGUUGCAUCUAUGUGUUGAUUAUUAUUGCAUUGCAUUGCAUUGAAAGUUUAUUCUAGUCUGCAUCAUCAUUAUGCAUCUUAUAGCUGCCAUGGUUAAAGGUUACAAAUAUUAUUGUAUUAAUGUAAAUGUAACUGAAGUUUACAGUUUCUUAAAAUGAGAUUAUUUAAACUAUCAGCUCGUGCGACAUUUUUUUUUAUUUUUAAAAUGUUAAUAAUUUUAAUUAAACCAGUGAAUUAAUGUGAAGUUUCUUGAUUUAGGUUUUGCUUAUAAAUUUGUAGUGUUUUUUCACAAUAUUUUUUUUAUUGUUUUUAUACUGUGCUCAAUUUUGUAAUUUGUAUCCACAGUUCAAGAAUAUGUAUUUGGCAGUGUGUUUUGACGUACAAUUUUAUGAGAGGGCAUUAAAAUUUGGAAAGCAAGUUUGGUAAUUUUAAUUGGUUGUAAGGAAUAAUUGAUCAUUCAGGUGGCAAGAAACAACUGUGAUUAUAGCAUUUUACAGCAUAUAUUUAGUUUGGUAUAUUAGAACUGUGGUUCCUUUGGAUAUGCAUUCCUAAGAACAGGAAUCCAACAGAAAUUUCUUUCAAAAAUAUUUUGAUAAUAUUUGUAGUAGUGUACGAAAUAAUUUGGUUUUGUCACAUCUCGUUUUUGCUGGGUAAUGAGUUUCAAGUAAAGUAUUAAAAAAAAGAAGCCUACAUGAAGUAGAACAGUAAAUAUGUAGUUGAAAUGAAAGAUGGUUGAGGCAGCCUUUGAUUUUGGAAUGCAGCUGAAUGUCAUAACUGCUUGAUAGAGGUAUUUCUCUAGUAGUAUUUGUUAUGUGCAGUGUAGUUUGCAUAGGCACCACAUACAUGACAGAAUUAAGUAUGUUUGGAAAUGGUUGUUUCUUGGAAAUAAAAGUAGAAUCUCAUUGAACUUUUCAAUUACGGAGAAUUGUGCAAAUUUGAGCAUCUAGUUGGCAGUUGGUUGCCGUGUUGGUAGUACUGUGUCUGGUGAUGAGCAGCUAUGAGGUAUUGCAAGGGUGAAUGAAGAUUCAGUCUUUUUUCAAUUUGCAUUGUAUUGAUAAUGAAGGGUGUUCUUUCAGGAAACAGUAGAAUUUGCUUGUGAUUAUUUGCUAUUGGUUUGCUUUCACACUGGCUGUAUCGAUGGGCAGUAAAUAAUUACGGCUUCUCUUUGCAUAAUGCACAGUAUGGAAACUGUGAUGUGAACGUGUUUCAUAGCGUGAGCAGUGAAUAAUUAUGAUUUUCACACAGAUUUGAGCAUCACAUUUCUCAGCAUUCACAGCUUUCUGAUUGUGUUUGUUUUAUCUUUAAUGUUUAAGUUCUCUUCAUACCUCACGUUUGUUCUUUCUUCUGGGGUAGUGUACAAAGUUGCUUUCCUUUGUUAAGGUAACAAGGGCAAGUAAUUGUAGGUUUGUACAGUUAUUUUCAAAUUAUUUGCCCUGGGUAGUUGACUGUACAGAUGUUACAUAUAUUUUUUUUUUUUUUUUUCACUUUGGCUGUGUCAGUCUAUCAUGUUACUGCAACUUUGGCAGUAAAGUAGUUGGUCGUGUUAUCUACCGCAUUUUCUGUGUGACCACCAUGCCUCCACGAACAGGCCACUUCUGCGCAAUAUGGUGUUGACGUUCUGUGUCCCUCUCCUUCCGUUCUUCCUGUUGGUCGUGUUAUCCGUUUUGAAAUGUGAUUCUGUUCAGUUUGCUCGGAAUUUAAGCCCGUGAUGGCUGUAUGCUGUACUUUAGUUUCUUUAACCUACGUAUUUGUCAUUUAACUAGUUGCAUAGAAAUAGAAUUGCAUGUAGCUUUUAAAGAAGAGUAAUUGCGGGUAUAUAUGUUUUAAUGGAUUUGGGUUGGCGUGAAGUUACGGGAAUGUGCACUGCUGCUUUUGAGUCAAGUUUUCCUUGGUGGUUUAUUUGUAAGAUAAUGCAAACUGAACAGACUCAUAUUAUUUUCUGUAUUGAUAGUUAAUUUAUAUAUUUUUGUCGAUGUAAAUAGUGUAUUGAAAUUAUUGUACUUGUAAAACCCAUCUUCAUUUCGAGAAAUUGGAAAUGCACUAUGAACACAGAUUGUUGGUUCUGAAUUAAGCCAAUAAUUCUCGAUAGUGUUGUAGGUUUGCAACUGUCCAUUGUGAUGUACGUUGUAUUCCUUAAAACGUGAUGAAAGAAGAUAUCAGUAAAUCAGUGGGUGGAUCAUUGCAUCAGCGUAUGAAAAUUAUUCUGAUGCCGUUCGUUCACAUCCAGAAAAUGUGCAGAUUGGUUGACAUAUAUUUGUGUUCAUGUUGCACCACAGUUUCUACAUUUAACCAGUCAUUGCACCAUAGCAUUAUGCUAAUCGAAUCUGUGUCGUAAUGUUGUUGGGUUUUUCUACAGGAGUGGCUGGCCAUUCCUGAGCUAUGAGAAAAUUACAAAAAAAGUAAUCUGUAAAAGAAUGUAAAAAUUAAGUUAAUGUAUUUAAAAGUGAUUUUGAAAAGUAAUGGAAAUUUUUGUGCAUUAUUUAAAGAAUUAAAGGAGAGUGUUUUAGUGAGGAUAAAAAAAAAUAUAAAUGUAUAUUUAUGAUAUGAAAGUCGGAGAGCUUUGGUGUAGAGGUGAACAGGUUAUCUGGACUUCUUAGUCCAUCAAUGCAGUGUAAAUUGAGGGUUCUGUUGAUACUGAACUGCAGGUUUGACCCAGUGGCGGUGCAAGACAAACAGCUGAACAUUAGCAUUUCUAAAUAUUUAUUUAGCAUAAUCUAUGCAACAUUCCAGAUGACACGUAUCUUUGAUUAGUUAAAUUCACACCAUCAACUUAGCUCACAAAAAAAAAACUCCUUAUUUCAGAAAAUUGUUAAGAUUUGUAUUGAAGUUUGAAUUGAUCUUUGUACUUGAGUAAGGGCUGUGUUCAGGUCUUUGUCACAGAUAAUUCAGUGCACGUCAACUGCAGUCUGUAGCAGAGGUCCUUAUAUUGUUCAAAACUGUUUGGAACAGCAUGCAUAAAUAAUACAAGGUGAUCGGGAACCAGGUAUUCAUACUUUUAAGUUCCAUCAUGAAAAGUUAAAAUGUGGCAAAAAAAAAUGUUUUGGGUGGAUUUUGUUUUAUUAAGAUUGGCAAGAGAGUUUGUAAUCUUUCUUAAUCAUCCGUAGCGCUUGUCAUUCAUAUGUUGUAAAAACAAUCAACGCUAUAUUUUUUCAUGUGUGUUUGUAGUGGGUAUAGGGUUUUCCACUGUCGCCAUUUGAAAAGGUUUUAAAUUUGUCUUGCCAGACUUGUAGUUACAUGCCAGUUGUAACUUUCUCUAUGAUAGUGCAACUGACAACAUUUUAAUAAAGUAACUAGUUGCACGCACUGUAGUCACCGAACUUGAGACGUACAUCAAGGCAAGCAGUAAAUGAAUACUGAAUACCUUUUUCAGUAGUGUGUUAUCACUUCCAACAUCCUAACUUGAUUUGUGCAAAGAAUUAAAUAUAUUUUCAAGAUUAUAUGUAUAGGUUUUUUUGGUGUUAUAUUCACUUCUGCCGUUGAUUUAGAUUUUAAAAAUGAAAGUACCUAAAGAUAAUUUGGAAUCUGAGAACUUUUUAUAGUGAGUUAAUCUAAAAUAUAACACCAUCUUGUUAUAGAAAUUACUCACUGAUAAUAACCUAUUAGUAGAGGUAUGUAAAAAUAGCAAAUUGCUUUGAAUGCUCAAUUACCUGUUAUUGUAUGCUAAAAUUUGAACACUGAGAAAUGUUAAGAAGUUUACGUCAGUUUACAAAGAGCGAUAAUUUCCAUUAAAUUUUCCACCCAGAUGCUUGUUUCUUUCGAAACCAAUUAAAUGUAAUUUUUGUUGCAUAAAUAUUUAUCAAAGCUUUUUUUAUUCCCCCAAUAGCUUGUUUUCUUACACUGUAAGUGCUUCACCAGUGUUGUUUAGAUUGACAGCACAUUCCAAAGCAUUGGCAACAGUAAUAGUGUUUGUUUUAUCUGUAGCCAAAUAGUUUAUGUUGAGCAUUAGGUAAAGUUUGGGAUUAAGAUGGAAAGAUGUAAAGAAAACUGUUGGACAGAGUGGAAUAAAUGGUGUAUUUUUUAAAAUACAAAAUGCCAAAGUUCUGAAGCAAAAUGCUGAAAAAUGCUCUUUACACAUACUUCUACCUAUCAGGCAUCUGCUGCAAAAUGUGCUAAGAAAAAAGUCAAUAAAUAGCUGCUUCUCGGAUGGUUCAGGUUACUUGGGCUUUUAUCAGUCCAGUGGAAAUGGAUGGUAGGGAGAUUUUUAUUAGUCAUAAAUUUCAAUUGUUAUGCUUUUUUGCUAACUUAUUAAUACAUUAAGGAAGAAGUUAUUAAAGUUGGCUUAUUUUCCAACAAGGAACAUUCUGUGUGCCUUUGACCCAUCUCAGUUUAUGAUGCCUCAGUGCGUGCAAAAUAUUUAAUUUUGUAUUGGUUGCAGCAAGACUUUAAAAAAAAAAAAUGUGUUUGUAAACCAAUCUAACAUGUCCAUUAUGUCACUGCUUAUAGAACACAUUUUAGAAAUACAUAAUAUAUUUAAUUGAUACUUUAGUGGGCAUUUUAAAUUGGUUUGUUUUAAAAGAAACCCCUCUUACAAAGUUGUAAAAGUAUAUAUUAUAUAUAUUGUGUGUUGUUGGGAUUUGAAUAAAUAUUGAGAAAAAGUAAAAAAAUAGCGCAUAGUGCUGUGGUUAGGAAAGCCAGUUGUGAGGGUAGUUGGAGGGUGUGAAGUAAAACGUGUUAACUAGUUGUAACUUCGAGAUGCACAUGAUCAGGUUGCUGUGUGGGUUGUUGGGUGAAGAGGUAACAUUUUCGGUCUAGUGUUAUUACUGUUAUUACUGUGUAACUUCUUGAACUGUGUAUUGAAAAUAAUAAUUUAUGUUAUGUGAAAGAUCAGCUUUAAUUACUAUUAAUAAUUUUAAAACUGUGAAUUGGAGAAUGUUAUAAAAUUUUGAGGAAAAUAAUAUUUUUUCAGAGAAAGUAAUGACAGUUUUUUUUUUUUUUUUUAACUGUACAGUUACAAUGAAAUUUUUGGACUAAAUAUUCAGUGCAUAGACAAAUACGAUGCUCUGAUUUUUAGGGUGGAAAUUUUUGUGUAUCGAAUUCUUUCAAUUUUACGCUUGAAUACAAAAUAAAAUUAAUUAUAGCUUUUCAUUUUUUAUUUUUACAUAUUAAUACUGAUACCUUAUUAAAUAAAAAUAAUUAUAAAAAUGUGUACUGUUGCAGUCUCAUCAGAGUUUGAACAUUUUGUUAUAAAAGUCCAUCUUUAAAAGUUUGUUUUCUUAAACAUUAGUUACAUUGAUUAUCUUGUAUGCUCAUAGAUGUAUUCAUGUUCAGCCUUUGUGUAUAGCAUAGGAAAACAUUUAAUGAAAAAUUUCCAUUCAUUAAUUACAAGGUGGAAUUUUACACAAACCUUUUUCUGGUAUUUUUUUUAACCCUUUUGGUUGGAAGUCCUUUAAAUCAAAUUUUCAUUAGGGCUGUGGCUUUGCUAUUCAGAAUGAGGCUGGCAUUGCAAUGAACUGCGCUUGUUUUGUCGAACCCAUGCCAUCACUCUCUUGUCUCAUCGCUUGUUCAUCUCCAGUGACCUCGCUGACGAGACGUUACGCCCCAGUUUGUUUGUGCGCUCUUGAUGACCCAGGGUUCUGGUGUAGGGAUGUAAUUGACAGCUUGCUUGUGUCAUUGUGACGCUUGGCAAUGUUGGUUCAGCCCUUGACGUUGUAUAUAAAGAUGACCCAACUCCAAGUCGUGAAUUAGAAGAGAAAUGUUUCCCUUUUACUGCCUGAGAAUUGUUGGACCAUUUGAUUCACCAGCCAGGUGUCUUCACCACAUGCUCUCCCAUUCCUCACGAAUGCUGAAGUUUAUGCCAGUUAGUCAAGCGUCAUUAGGCAAUACUUAUAAUUUUGGUUUGACGUCAUUAGUUUUGUCAGUACGGUAGCUCAGCUUUUCCAAGUAAUUAGGUUAUGUAUUACUUAUGUUACAUUCAAAACUCAAACAAUUAUAAAGGUUAAGAGCUUGAUAUCAAGUUGUAUGUUGUUCCUUCAAUCUGAAAAGCUAAUUAAGAACGUACAUUUAAAUAUGGUGUUAGCAUGAACAAAAAUGUAGUAGCCCACCUGAUUAAGGUUGAAAACAUCUGUGAUAAUAUAUUGCAGCGUACUGUAAAAUGACUUAAGAAUUGUUUGUUGGUCAAUGAAUUUGUGAUCUCGUGAUUCUUCUCUGCAGUUAGUUUGUAGACAAUGUUGCAUAAGGCAAAAAUAUUCUGACAAUGUUCAGAAACACGAUCCAAACAAUUUUUGUGUGAAAUAAAAAUGUCAGCAUGUAUUUUCAUUAGGUAAGUUUUGUGAAUGUACAAGAACUAGGGAUGUGCGAAUCCUGGAUUUUCAGUUCAAUUCAAAUCCCUGGCAAUAUUUGAGAUACGAAUCCGAUUCCGAAUAUUAAGCACAGAAUAAUUAAAAAUAAUUGAUUAAUUUAAAAAUAAUGUAUUCUCUUUUUUCUAACUCUAACUACUGGCAAUUAUUUUUUACACUGAGAUUGAAACGUUUAUAAUUAUGUAAACUUAAUUAAUAAUAAACACUUUAAAAUAUGAAAACCAAAACAUAUUCGAUUCUCCAACUCAAUCGUAAUAAACUGCAGGACACAGGGAAAUCUCAGUUUUAUAAUCGUUUCAGCAAACGAAACCAUUUUUUCUCCAAUAAAUAGCCAAGAUGUUUUUUUCUUGUAGGUAUGUAAUUGUUUUUAGUUUAUAGUUUGCUAUACCUCGAAAUUCGUAAUUAUAGUUUAAGCUCUGGAAAUCUCGAAAUUCUUUUAAUGUCACUGUGUUAAUUAUUUAAUUUACAUAUCUCUUUGAUACAUCAUAUUAUAAAUACAUACAUACGUAAUAGUAGCCUAAUUUUAUUUUUCGCUGCUAGUAUUUUUGAGCCGUAUUAAAUUAUUUUAUAACUUUUGUGAAUAUUCGUAAUACUGUUUGAAUCCAUGUACGUACGAUUCCAGUUUCUGGUAAUUGUGGAUUCGAACCGUACCCGAAAUUAUCGGGUACUCGCACAUCCCUAACAAGAACUAAAAAAUCAAAGAAAAAGGAACUCAAACCAGAUAUUCAAACAUUUUGUUUUCACCUGAUUGUUACUGCGAUAAACAAAUUAUAAAUACCUAGUUUUUGACCAACCAGCAAUUAAGUGGGUUAAAUUUUGGGAACAGAGCUAAUCCUAUACAUUAAAGUAAUAACUCUCCCUUUAUAUAUCUUAAUAAAAUACUUAAAGUUUAAAAUUUUUUAUUUGUAAUUUGAAAUCUAUCAAUCAAUGCUUCUUUUUUAUUUAAUUUCUUUCCCUCUAAAUUAGUCUUGUUUUACUGUUAAAGGGUUCUAAUGUACAUAUGUAUCAAACAUUUACGUAGCAAGAAGAAUUACUUAUCUUUUUAUUCAACAGUUUUUGUUUCAUAUAGCAGGCAUUAAUAUGCAUAAACUUAAUGGGCAGACGAGUGUAUUUUUCAGAACUAUAACAAUGAUGUCGCAGAACAUUUUAACUGUAAGUGCUAAGAGAACUUCUUUGAAAGUUAUACUAAAAUGUGCCCAAGUGCUCUCUAGAUCUUCCCACAGUGAAAUUUAAUUAUUUUUUUGUGUGUGUGUGUGUAUAUGGAUAAUUUUAAAUUUUAGAUGCGAGGCAGUGAAUGGCAAUAUCAAACUUACUAUGACCUGCAACAGUACUCAUAGUAAUUUUCUUGCCCUGUCUGUCGGAUAUUUUCAGUUAUAUAGUAACAUAAACUGAUUCUAAAACAUGAGAGAAUUUAUAUAAGUAAAACUAUAUUGGAAAUUGUUGGGUUGGUGUAGUUUCCUACUAUGUAGAUGUGGCAGCGUGUUUGACAUGAACAACUCUUCAAAACUCUCGAUAUGCUUUAUGGUUUUUGGUUUGAUUUUUAUGUUCUUGCCUAGGGAAGCAAAUUUGGGAAUUUACAGUUGAGUAAGUGGAUGGGUGUAAAGAAAAAAUGUUAUUAACCUUCAAAUCCAGAAGCAUCAUGUGUUGUCUGUGGACUGGGAGCAGUUGUUUCUGGUGGUGUGUGUACCCUUGGAUUGACGCAUGUCAUCUGUGAUAUGGGACUUCAAAACAGCUGUGUGGUUCUUUUGUUUUUAGUCAAUUAAUGUCUUUACUUAACUGUUUUUAUUUUUGUAACCUGCAGGAAUAAAAUCUAUUGUGUGAGUUAGUUUAAAAAAAAAAUUAAAUAUAAAUAAAAACAAAUGAAGACUAAAAGUGUCACAGUGUUUUUAAGUGUUUGAGAAAAACAUUUUUUUCUCUUAAGAUAGUUUAAAUGUUAACAAGAUUCAGCAAGCAAGCCAAACAAAAAAAAUGCAAAAAAAAAUAUGGGGUGUGGUUUUUGUUUGUUUUGGCUACCCAAGUGCAGAAAGUGCAGUCAUCUAUUUUGUGUUUUUAGCAAACAAGAUUUGAAAGGAAGAACAUAUCUACCAGUGUUUAAAAAUGCUUAUAAAAUAACAACAAUAUAUGGGGCCUGUGUAUGAGUGAAAGGAAAAAAGAUUUCUCGAUUUGUUUCUUUAGCAAAUACACUGCCAUUUUCCCCUGCAAGGUGGAAAGCUAUAACUCCAUAUUGUGAGAAGAUUGAUAAAAACAAAACACAGACUAUUAUUACAGGUAAAAAAUACAAAAAAAUGAAAUGGGAUUUUUGUUUUUAUUAUUAAUUCUUCUGAUAGCGUGUGUUAGAAAUAUUGAAAUGUUGUGUAAAAAUGGACAACAUUUUUCUUGUUAAACUACUAUUGCCUACCUUGUAUGUUAUUGUUUGUGGCAGGAAUGCGUGCAAUACAGACAUGCCUUGACGUUUACUUCGCAUUGUAAAUCAUAGUGCUAGCAGGCAAUGUAUUCAGAAGCCAAACUUUGUUUAGCAAUAUCACAACUAAGCUUAUAAAAGAUGUAUUUUUCAAAACAUUGACCAUCAAUAAUUAUUACUUACUAUUUGCGUGUUGCAUUUCAUGUCAUCAAAACAGAUAGUUUUAAAAGCCAUUUAUAGAAAAUAAACAAAUUAUAAAACCAAGUUCAGAGUGCUCUUCAUAGUAUAAAAUAGCAUAUUACUGCAGGGAUAAUUAAUUGUUCCAAUCUUUUAUCAAGUAGGAGAAUACUCUAAAGGAUGAUUCCUUGAUGUGAUGUGUGUUUUGAAGUCAAGUACGAGCAUUUAAAUAUUUAAAAAAUAACUGCAAGUAAUAAUAAAGCAUGUGCUAAUCACACAUUACGUACAAAUGUGUGCUUUAGUUACCUGUAUAUAAGAUGAAUAUUUUAUACAAGUUUUAAGAUCUUAAAUCUGAUACUUGUGUUGUUGAUGUACUUAAGCAGCUGUUGUAUGAAGGAUGGGAAGAUCUAUUUUUAUAAUGAAUUUACUUUCUUGAGCCCAUCGUUAACCCUUGUAUCCAUAAUUAUUGCCUCCACGUGGGUGUUCUAUAUCUUACGUGCUUUGCUUUAUGAUAUGGUCUGUUUUUCUGUGCUGCAGAAAUUAAAAGCAAAGUAGUUAAAACUGCUCCCCUUCCCAUUUUUGUUUAUAAAACUGUUGGUGGACAGUUCCAGGCAAAGGGCAUUGAGCAAAAUAAAAUCUCGCCCUCACCCCAUCUUUUCUGCUUGUUCAUGAGAGCCGUCAAGUCCUAGAUUCUUGUUAUCUGAGAUUGAGGGAAACAAAAGCAGUCUUAUUUAAGUUUACAGCAACUCUACAGAUACGUAAUUUUUCAAAAGAAAAAAAUGUCGCCCAAAAAUUUGUAGACUUGUCUUAAAUGCAGAAUUUUUGUGUGCUGGAAAUUACUAUUACUAUUCUGCUGGAUUGUAUUUAUUACAAAGGCGAAUCUAUGUUUUGCAGAUGUGAUCCCAUUAAAAUGCUUGGUGUGAUGUAACAAUGGUGAACUAGAGGUGGUUCAUUUGCAUCUAUGGUAAAUGGCUUUUAAAAUUGUUAAAUGUCGGUGACAUUUUUAUGUUCAUGGCAGUAUCCUGCUGUAGUGUUUAUCUUUGUUGGAAUUUUAAAAAUAUAUAUAUAUAUUUUUUUUUUUUUUGCUGGCUGCUGUAAUAUGUGCAGCCACAGUUCAAAUUUGUUACUUUUGUAGUGAACUUGACAGGAAACUUGUAAUGCCUGCUGCUUUUAAACUUGAGGCAUGACCUUGCGAACGCAAUAUCUGCACAUUCGGAAGCCUGCACCGCACGAGCCCGCGGUAGAUUUAUCGCAAUCUGCUCGCAGAACUUGAUUCACUCAUUCGAAGCUUGCUAGCUCGCCAGAUGUGUCUGGAAACUUUAGUUUCUUCCUGUGCCUUUCUAAGAACCCAGUGCACGACAUCCUCGAAGUCUUUAAGCUUAAACUGGUGUAGCGGCGAUGCGUCUGGCAUCGGGGUUCCUGCUGUGCAGACUUCUCGGUGCUUCUUCCUGUGACAGUGUGAGGCCAUCGGUCCAUGUGGUGCGUUGAGGACUUGGGAAGCUGUCACCAGCUGUACAAGCCUGUUCUCUUGGAUAUUUGAGCGCGUCGUGGUUGCGACAUUACAUCAGAGCACACUCAAAUAAUUGAACGUAAAAUGCAGCACACAUUCAUUCAGAUUCUACCAAGCCAUAGAGUUUACCCGAGGGUGGUACAAUACUCUGCACAAGAACUUACGCAGUCAAGCAAUUGUUAAACCUGAUUGGCAAGUAUGCUUAGUUAUGUUACUGCACCAGUAACAGGUGUUCUGGUUAAAGUUUGUUCCCCUAGUAAUUAGCCAUUGGUGGGUUUCUAACAGAAUAGGUAUUCAAUAUAUUAAAUAGUGUGAAGUGUGUAAAAUAUUAAUAGUCUUUCUCUGCCUGCAGUGUUUGAUGUGAAUUUGUCGCUAGUAUUGAGUUAUGAAUUCUAGAAACAAAUGUGACAGUUUUCAUUUAUUAUGUGAUGUGAUCAACUUUGGGUUGGUGGCCCCAUGGACCGAUUGGCCAUCUCAAGAUUUUCUGCUAGACAGGAGAGGGCAUGUGCAGUAUUUUGCUGUGGUUUCUAUUUUGUGAACCAUGCGGGAUUGUAUAAAUGGUGUUAAAGUGACCACACACAAUUCAAUGUGAUGCAAUUCCUUGUUGAACAUGUGAAUGAUGAUCUGUGAUUCACCUUCUAGUCCAAGGUAACAAGAGAAGUGCUUAGGCCAUCUAAAUGUCAAUUUUGUAAAAUAAAAUUUAGUUGCUAGUUAAGUUUAAACACAUUUUUAACCCAAAUUUACUUCAGUAUUUUCAUCACUGACAUUACCUUUGGUGGAUUUUAAUUUUUUUUUUUACAAAGAAAGUAUUAUGAAAAUACUUUAAUUCUACCUGUCGUUGUAGGCAAGUGGCUUGUACAAGCGUUCUCUUAUUGGCUACCUAGACAAUAGCAUGUUUGGUCACUUUAACUCUUCUGCCACAAGAUUUGUAGAGUUGGAAAACUACAAAAAGAAAAAAAAAUGCUAUCACAUAGUUGAUGAAAAGAAUUUUUAUUUGUUAUUGUCACUAGUUUACCUGACACUUUACAUACUGAACUUGAUUUUAAGGCAAAUAAAUGAAAUUCGGUGAUCAUUUC